GGAAUCGAUUCUCCACGUUGUCAAGCAAGAGUGCAGGGCGCUUGGAAGCCGGCGAGAGUUUCCCCAGCGCCACGCUGAGCAGUGAGCAGAGUGGAUGUCUUGGGUGAAUGUCCUCCCCGCGACGAAACAUCCCUUCUUCAAGACAUCCCUCGGCUUCGCAAGACGUUCAUUCAGCAGACGUCUGCAGUGGCCGUCACCGCAACUGAAAUAUCUACUAACCUCCGCCCACUGGCCCACGCCAUCUCCUGGCUCUUCUUUCGCUGGGCGUUGUAGGAGGCUGGUCACUCCCUGUAGCAGUAGCAGCAGCAGCACCAACAGUGUGGCAGGGAUGGAGCUGCACGAGGUGGUGCGUACGUUGGAAGAGCUGGCACCUACAGCUCUGGCCGAGAGCUGGGAUAACGUGGGGCUGCUGGUGGAACCGAGCCCGCCGCACUGCGUCUCGACCCUGCUGCUCACCAACGACCUGACGGAGGAGGUCCUGCAGGAGGCCGUGCGACUGCCCGCCCAGAUGGUGCUCUCAUACCACCCGCCCGUGUUUGCACCCCUGCGCUCGCUCACCAUGCGCUCCUGGAAGGAGAGGCUAGUGGUGACGGCGCUGGAGAACAGGGUGGCUGUCUACUCGCCACACACCUGCUACGACGCCCUGCGCGGAGGAGUCAACGAUUGGCUGGCAGAGGGCCUCGGCAAGGGCUCCGUGACCCCACUAAAGACAUCUGAGGCCUUGAAGCAUCUGAGCCAGGGGAGCGUGCACGUGACGAGUGCUGCCAAAGCGGCGGACUGGCCCUCGCUGGCCGCCCAGCUGAGGGCCGUGUCUGGGCUCGUACUCCACACCCUGCCCCUGCAGACUGCGAAUGAGGGGGAAGAGUCGACGGUGAUGCUCAGCAUGAAUUGUACAGAGGGAGCCUUGCCCGAGACGCUGGCUUGCCUGUCCAACAACGAGCACGCGCACCGCCACACGGAGAUCACUGCCCUGCGCAAGCCACCGUUCCCCGGCACCGGCAUGGGCCGACUGUGCACGCUCACUGAGCCGGUAUCCACAUCCACGCUGGUGUCGCGCAUCAAGCAGCACCUCAAGCUGCCCCACGUGAGGCUAGCCCUGGGAGCCGGGAAGUCGCCAGACUCGACAGUGCGGACCGUGGCGUUGUGUGCCGGCUCUGGGGGCAGUGUGCUCAAGGGUGUUCAGGCUGACCUCUACCUUACAGGGGAGCUGUCGCACCACGAGGUGCUGGACGCAGUGUCCCGGGGUGUCAGCGUCAUUCUCUGCGAGCACAGCAACACCGAGCGUGGCUUCCUGCCCCGCCUGCGUCUCCUGCUGCUCGACAAGCUACAGCACAAACUCCACAUUCACGUGUCUGAGGUCGACCGCGACCCCCUGACCGUCGUCUGAGAACGCCGGAGAGUUCUCUUUGGUUUCCAUCAGUUUAUUUCAACGAGGGGGUGUUAUUAUACUAUCGUGCAGGUUGUUGCAGUCGUGCUGUACAUCUCUGCGAUGUACUUGCGGGUUGUACCACGUGCUGUUUGGCAUGAUGUCAGAUGUUUUGCUCCACAUGCUGCAACCACUGUGGCCUCCGCAGUGGUAAGUUUUAGCCUCCCCGUGGGCUAUAUUUGAAGAAUUAGAACUGCGCUUAAUUUCUGUCAUUUUUCAUGCUAAAACACAUUUUGAAAGCGAGUCAUCUUAUGCAGGAAUGCCUCACUGAGUUGUAAAGACUUCUUUGACAGGAGGAUCCCACAUUGGAAUGUUUGGUUGAUUCCUGUGAGUGCAAAUUAAUAUUAAAACUCAACAUGCUAUAACGUAGAUAUGUAAUAGGCUAAUAUUUAUGCCAACGACCCUUUACAAUAUUCUAUUUAGAGUGUGGCCUUACUCUUAGGAAGGGCUUUUGCAUUAAAUGUUAGCCUAAUGACGUAAAAUGUUGUUGUGCUUUUGCACCUUUCCGAAAACUGUCGUUUAUUUUUUUUCUGUUACACGAGGCUAGAGUUCCUUAGACAAAAUCAACAUAUGUGAUAGGAUGUGGGUAAAAUCGGUUCAUAUCGGUCAGUGACCUACUCGGUGUACUGUCUACUGUCAAGCUCGUAUUCCUGGUGGUUGAGUCACUCAUGCCGCGAUGAAACAGUUGAAAAUGAUUCAGUUUUGAAUAAAUGUGGUUGAAAAUAAUGGAUUAAAAACAAGUUGUAAACAC